AUGUCGUCCGGAUAUGGUUUGGCAGGAGGUACGUGUUGGCUAGCUUGCGCUCCCCCCCGAAAGAAACGAGACCCGAAGGACAGACGGCUAACCUGUCCACCUACUACUCCCCUUCAGGUCCGGGACGCUGCUUUCCCUUCUGGCAGGAGGUCCUCGCCUGCUACGUCGUCAACACCAAUGCCGAGGACGAUUCCGGAAAGGCCAAGUGUCAGCCGGUCCUAGAGGACUACUACGAGUGCCUGCAUCACAAGAAAGAGGUACGCGCGCACCACCCAGAACACGGUAUGCAGCAGUGGAGCUAUGAGCUAAAGGGACAGCACAGGCGUUGAAAAUCUCCGCCCUCCAAGCCGCCUACCGAAAGCGCGAGACAGCAACAGCGAGAGACGAUGCGCCCUCGGCAGGCCAAAUACGGAGUUUGGGAUUGCUGGAAGCAAGUGAUGCGGAGAAGAACAUUAAGCAUGGAAACCUGUUGCCGACCUUUGGAUCGAACAAUCCGAAGUGA